AUGGCGGGUAAGAGUGAUUCCGUCUCGAUCAGGGUCCCGUACAGGAACUUGAAGAAAGAUGUGGAGGUGGAAAUGGUUGGUGUCGACGAGCCUGCCCAUCGGGUUGAGCUUAAUUCUCCUUCUUCUUCACCGUCUUCGUCGUCUUACAGGGUUGGUGGUGGCGCGUCUGACUCCUCUUCCCCGAUUCCCAUCCGAUCUAAGCCAUGUAGUAUGAUGACUCUCAUUCUAAGUUGUAUGGUAGCCGCCGGGGUUCAAUUCGGUUGGGCCUUGCAGUUAUCUCUUCUAACUCCUUACAUUCAGACACUUGGGAUAGGGCAUGCGUUUUCUUCAUUUAUUUGGCUUUGUGGUCCUAUUACAGGCCUUGUGGUCCAACCUUGUGUUGGUAUCUGGAGUGACAAAUGCACUUCUAAAUAUGGAAGGAGGCGGCCAUUUAUUCUUGCAGGAUCUCUAAUGAUCUCAAUGGCUGUGAUAAUUAUCGGAUUUUCUGCAGACAUUGGAUAUAUAAUAGGGGAUACAAAAGAGCAUUGCAGCAAAUUCAAAGGUACCCGAACAAGGGCUGCAUUUGUCUUUGUUAUAGGGUUUUGGAUGCUGGAUCUUGCAAACAAUACAGUGCAGGGACCAGCUCGUGCUCUUCUGGCUGAUCUAUCAGGCCCAGAUCAACGGAAUUCUGCAAAUGCUGUUUUUUGCUCAUGGAUGGCUGUUGGAAACAUCCUUGGAUUUUCUGCUGGUGCCAGUGGAAAUUGGCACAGGUGGUUUCCUUUCCUGAAGAGCAGAGCAUGCUGUGAAGCUUGUGGAAAUCUUAAAGCAGCCUUUCUUCUUGCAGUGGCAUUCCUAACACUCUGCACACUUGUGACUAUAUAUUUCGCUGAGGAGGUUCCACUAACUCUAAAACAGCCUAACCGUCUAUUGGAUUCUGCUCCUUUAUUGGACGGUCCAAAACAAAAUGGACUUGAGCUCUCAACAUUAAAGCAGGACGGUCAAGUUGUUGCCAACAUGAAUGGAAACAAUAUUGAUGAUGGCGAUGAACAGGAUGUUAAUUCAAAGCAGAUAAAUCCAAAAACUGAGCCCAGCAAAAAUGAAGGUUUCAACGAUGGUCCUGGAGCUGUAUUGGUCAAUUUGUUGACAAGUUUAAGACACUUACCACCUGCAAUGCACUCGGUGCUCAUAGUUAUGGCUCUUACUUGGUUGUCCUGGUUCCCCUUCUUUCUCUUCGAUACUGAUUGGAUGGGUAGAGAAGUUUAUCAUGGGGAUCCAAAGGGGAAUAGCUAUGAAGAAGAUUUGUACAAUCAGGGAGUUAGAGAAGGUGCAUUUGGUUUGCUGUUGAAUUCAGUUGUUCUUGGCAUAAGCUCUUUUUUCAUUGAGCCCAUGUGUCGACGGAUUGGUUCAAGGCUCGUAUGGGCGAUUAGCAAUUUUGUAGUUUUUGCUUGUAUGGCAGGAACCGCAAUCAUUAGUUUGAUUUCUAUCAAUGAUUAUUCUGAGAAGAUUGAACAUGUAAUUGAAGGGAAUCAAGCAAUCAAGAUUGCUUCCUUGGUUGUUUUCGCUCUUCUUGGCUUUCCUCUUGCUAUUACUUAUAGUGUCCCCUUUUCUGUCACAGCAGAAUUGACUGCUGACUCAGGUGGUGGCCAAGGAUUGGCUAUUGGUGUUCUGAAUCUUGCGAUUGUUAUUCCACAGAUGAUUGUGUCCCUUGGGGCGGGUCCAUGGGAUGCUUUAUUUGGAGGAGGAAAUAUACCUGCCUUCGUUUUGGCUUCCUUCAGUGCGUUUGCAGCUGGUGUUAUUGCAACCCUCAAGCUGCCCAAUCUUUCAAGCCAUUCUUUCGAGUCAUCUGGUUUUCAUUUUGGCUGAAAGUCAUAUAAGCCUCAUUACUAUGGUUAAAGCCUUCACAAUCAACCCAACGGAACGACCUUGCUCGUCAACAUACUUGUAGAUGGAUGGCCGUAAAAUUUUGCAGAAUGUAUAUUUAUGUUGUCAUGAAGAUGACACAUUACAUAUUCAGUCAGGUCGUUUCUUUCUUUUUUUUUAAACACAGUAUCAGGCAUGUGUACCAAUUAUCUAGAGGUGAAAAGGCCAUUUCCUUUCGGAAGCAUGUUUCUGCAUACAACAACAGGUGAUUAGCCUGCAUUUCUUGUUAUAGAAAAUUGAUUUUAAACUUGUGUUGGGAAAUUCCUUUUGA